UCUAAGUAUCUAUAAUUUAUGAGUCUUCCCUCUCUCACCAAGCGUCUAACUGGCGCCCUCUGUCGCGCCGCCAUUUUGAAUGCUAAACCGAGAGGCCGCGUUCGUCGCGUCUCGUCUCGUCAUUCAUUCCAUUCUAUUUAUUUUGUUAUUCCGUAUUGCUCGUGCCGACGCCGGUAGUCGUGUCUAGUGCUAGUGAGCUGUUACACGUUCGUUCAGUGCAGUGAUUUAUAAAAUUAUCCCCAAAUGUCUGGAUAUCCAUAUGGAAACCCGGGGCAAUACCCACCACCGCAACCGCAGAUAUAUCCUCAGAUAUAUAACCCUGUAAAUGCCGCUACUCCAAUAGCAGGACAACCUGGGUUUGGACAGCCAUUCCCACCGCAGUUUCAGCCAACAUUCGGAUACCCUUACCAACCGGGUCAGGCCCAGGGCCCGGCUGCACCAGCUGGGCCACAGACAUCACUGUCCUACCCUUCAGCUCCCUCGGCGCCAGGAUUUGGUUACAACGCUCCUCCCUUUGGUGCCCCAUCUCCUUAUGGACCUGCUGUCGAAUGGGUUCCUACUAACCCGAACGAAGCUCACGCGUUCAACGAUCGUGCUGUAGUUGGUGGAUACGAAGGACAUGAUGGUAGCCCACUCUGGGUUAUCAGGGCCAGGUUUGAAGGCGAUUUGAUUCCUGGAAAACUGGCUGUGAAACAUAGGGCCGCUUAUGUUCCAUGGGGUGGAAAUGAAAAUAGCGUCAAGGCCAUUGAGGUACAUCCCAGCCACAAAGUGCUGUACAUCUCAUUCGCCGGUAAAGAGGUACCACACAAAGUAUAUGAAAUACUUUGCGCCGCAUAAAUAUAGAUAAAUAAUAAAUGUUGUCUAUCUAUGUACACCGUAAAUUUUGUGUAAGAUUUUACAAUAUUAUACAUGUUUGUACUAGUUUUUAAAGAACAAGGAAAGUAUGAAGUCUGCUUUGUCGAAAGACAAUAAAAUGGUCUGAUAUUUCGCUAGAAGCUCAUUGGAUAAAUUUAUAUGGAUACGAAUGUUUAAAGAUCUAUGUAAUGUAACGUAGGAGUCUCAAAAGUCUCAAU